UACAUAAGUGCCAAACCCUGGCAACCGUUCAUGUGGUAGCUUGUCAAGUCUUGUCAGUCUUGUCAGUCUUGUCUUCUCACUCCUCCCUUGGAAGGGCCAGUUAGCACGUGGGACCAUUGUCGGACCGUCUCGACCAUACCCAUCUGGCUCAGCUCGCCUUGUCCCUCUACGGACACAACCUUCCAUUAUGGCGAACAAACUUGGCAACGGUCUCGCCAAAGCCCUUGGUAUCGACCUUCACUACCGGAAUGAGACUGGUUCAGAGCGUGUGACCCGUGGAGAGAGUGUCUUCACAGUGGGUUCUGCGCAUACCUACGUCGAAGAAGAGCCCACUGCUGCCGAAUGGUUUCGGGAAGUGAUUCCUACCGGAGCGGAGUUUGGGCAGUAUUGCUACAGUCUCUUUCCGUUCGUCCACUGGAUUGGCCGGUACAACGUCCAGUGGCUCAUUGGUGACCUUAUCGCUGGUAUUACUGUCGGUGCUGUCGUCGUUCCCCAAGGAAUGGCCUACGCCAAACUUGCCCAACUUCCCGUCGAAUUCGGACUGUACUCUUCCUUCAUGGGAGUACUUAUCUACUGGUUCUUCGCCACUUCCAAGGAUAUUACCAUCGGUCCUGUCGCCGUCCUGUCGACCGUCACGGGCAACGUCGUGCUGAAGGCCGAGGCUACAGGAGUCGAUGCUUCUCGCGAUAUGAUUGCAUCGUCAUUGGCCAUCAUCGCAGGCGCAAUUGUGCUCUUCUUCGGUUUGGCACGGUUGGGCUGGAUCGUUGAUGUUAUUUCGUUACCUGCUAUCUCGGCCUUCAUGACAGGCUCCGCUAUCAGCAUCGCUGCUGGACAAGUACCAACCAUGAUGGGUAUCACUGGCUUCUCAACACGCGAAGCGACAUACAAAGUCAUUAUCAACACCCUCAAACACCUUGGACGCACGAAUCUUAACGCUUCAUUCGGUCUCACCUCGCUUUUCCUGCUGUAUUUCAUCCGGUGGUUUUGUGGUUUCCUGGCGAAGAAAUAUCCCAGCAGAGCUAAGAUGUUUUUCUUCGUGAACACGCUCCGCACUGUGUUUAUCAUCCUUCUCUACGUCUUGAUCAGCUACCUUGUCAACCGAAACCACCGGGCUAAGCCGCUCGUCUCAACACUAGGCAAGGUUCCUCGAGGCUUCCAGCACGCUCGCGUUCCUCAAAUAACGAUUCCCAUCAUCAAAUCUUUCGCCUCGGAACUGCCGUCGACCGUCAUUGUUCUCCUCAUUGAGCACAUCUCCAUUGCCAAGUCCUUUGGUCGUGUCAACAACUACUCUAUCAACCCCUCUCAGGAGCUGGUCGCCAUUGGUGUUAGCAACUGUCUGGGACCUUUCCUUGGCGCUUACCCUGCCACCGGAUCAUUCUCGCGUACCGCUAUUAAGUCCAAGGCUGGCGUGCGCACUCCUUUUGCUGGUGUUAUCACAGCCGUUGUUGUGCUGCUUGCAAUCUAUGCACUUCCUGCUAUGUUUUGGUACAUUCCAAACGCCACGUUAGCUGCGGUUAUUAUCCAUGCUGUGGGUGACCUGAUCUUGUCACCCAACACAGUGUACCAGUUCUGGCGAAUCUCACCUAUCGAGGUGCCUAUCUUCUUCGCUGGUGUCUUUGUCACGGUCUUUUCCAGUAUCGAAAACGGUAUUUACACCACUGUCGCCGUCUCCGCAGCGCUCUGGGCUUUCCGAGCCUUCAAGGCGAGAGGUCGUUUCCUUGGCCGUGCGAAGAUCCAUUCUGUCAUUGGAGACCACCUCCUUGACCCUACGAACGAAGACAAGCCGGAGCGCAAGAAGAACCCUACUGAAAGUGAGGACUCAGUGCGCAGCAUAUUUUUGCCUAUCGAUCAUCACGAUGGCUCCAACCCUCAGAUCCAACUUGAGGACCCUUACCCAGGUAUCUUUCUCUAUCGAUUCAGCGAGGGAUUCAACUUCCCCAACGCCAAUCACUAUCUCGACGACCUUGUUGAGACGAUUUUCAAGAAGACACGCCGCACAAAUCCAUCUUCGUACUCAAGACUCGGCGACCGACCUUGGAACGACCCCGGUCCACGACGUGGGAAGGAUACUGCCGUAUCUGACGAUCGCCCUACGCUGAAGGCCAUCAUUUUGGAUUUCUCUUCCGUCAACAACGUUGAUCUUACGUCCAUUCAAAAUCUCAUCGACGUCCGUAAUCAGCUCGACAAAUACGCUGCACCAGAUACAGUGGACUGGCACUUCUGCAACAUCAACAGCCGUUGGACUAAGCGCGCCCUCGCUGCUGGAGGUUUUGGAUACUACACACCCGAGCCCGACACGAGCGGUCUCCACCGCUGGAAACCCGUCUUUUCAGUCGCCGAGAUUGGUGGCUCCGAUUCUGCUGCCGCGGCAGCUGAGGCUCGGGAAAAUCGCCACGCUCAGCGCGCACUGUCACAAGUACGCACAAACGAUAUCGAGGCUGCACACGAAAGUGCUGAGUCUAGCGAUGCUGGGUCAUUGAACAAGCAACUUGAGCUUUCCAAGGCGUACGGGGGUGCUGAAGUUGAUGCUUCAGGCGGAACAGCGGGCAGGAUCGCUGUUGUACAGGGUCUUAACCGACCGUUAUUCCACGUGGAUGUUACUGCGGCGCUCGACAGUGCAUUGGCCAAUGCGCAGAGGAAGAGCCAUUAGUGUUGCAUUAUAAUAUUGGGGGCGCUAUGGUGUUUUCCAGGAGGAUAUGAAG